AAAAAAAAAGAAAAGAAAAAGAAAAAAGGAACAGCCUCACUCUAUGGGGUUUUUGUCUCUACUCCUAACUCUAACCCACCCAUUCAACCCCCACCUCUGUACCUGGAGCAGGUGGCGAAAUUCACAUACUCACUGUCUGUGGCAAAUGACAUUGGGCCAGAGAAGAAACCCAUAUGCCACCCUAAGGAUGCAGGACACCAUGGUACAGGAAUUGGCACUGGCCAAAAAGCAACUACUAAUGGUCCGUCAAGCUGCCCUGCACCAGCUGUUUGAAAAGGAGCAUCAGCAGUACCAGCAGGAACUAAAUCAGAUGGGCAAAGCUUUUUAUGUAGAGAGAUUCUGAUGGCAUCCAAAACACUGUUCUUCCAUUCUCAACAUGCCUGCUAACCUAGCCUUCUAGAGCCUCUACCACCUUGAACCUCCUUCCCAAAACAUACCAGAUCUUGCUAUCUGCCAGGGACUUAAGACAGCGCUCCCACUCUCACUUCUCCACUCUCUUGUUAAUCGUUUGCCGCUAUUUGGGAAACAAUCUAUGAAACAACAGUAACAACAAGAGUGACGCCUUGUGGUCAUAGUGGGAUUUACUGUGUUGACGUAAGGCGGCAGGGUGGGGAGGGGUGGACAAUGUGAGUUGAGAAUCCUGAUUUGCUAUAACAAAUAAAGUUACUUCUUAAAGGCUCAAA